UAAUAUAAAAAAUUAUAGAAUUGUUACAAAAAAUAAUCUCUAAAAUGGCUCAAGAGAAUAAAUUAGAUAAAAUGUUUAAGAAACAUAAAGUUCUACCAGAUGUAGUUCAACAAUUACCCGGACAAUCAUUGCAAAUCAACUACAGUGGUGGUCAAAACGUUGAUUAUGGUAAUGUUCUAACCCCUACUCAAGUUAAAUCUCCUCCAAAGGUUGUUUGGGAUGCAGAAGCUGAUACUUUUUACACUCUUAUUAUGACUGAUCCAGAUGCUCCAAGUCGUGCAGAACCCAAGUUUCGUGAAUGGCAUCAUUGGUUGGUUACAAAUAUACCAGGUAGUGCUAUUGAUCAGGGUGAUGUGCUAACUGAGUACGUUGGUUCAGCACCGCCUAAAAAUACUGGCUUACAUCGGUAUGUAUUUCUCCUCUACAAGCAACCGGGUAAGGUUCAAUUUAAUGAACCAAAUAUAUCAAAGACCUCUGGAUCGAACCGUGGCAAGUUUAGUGCUAAGAAGUUCUCUGCAAAAUACAAACUUGGUGAUCCAAUUGCUGCUAACUUUUAUCAAGCUGAAUAUGAUGAUUAUGUCCCCACUGUAUAUAAGCAAUUAAAAGGAUAAUUUUGAUUGGCAUCUGAAUAUAUUUCUAAAAUUUCUUAUUUGUGAAUUAUAAAGUUUUAAAUUUGAAUAAAUUAUAUGUUAUAUGAGUUAAUA